UUUAACGGAUGGAGAUUGGAUGGAAAAUUUUUGUAUGAAAAGAGCAACAUUCCAGUAUCUUUGCCAUGAACUUAGACCUUUUCUGGAGAAAAACCCCCGCAGAAAAUGUCAUUCAGUAGAACUCAGGGUUGCAGUGACUCUCUGGAUAUGUGGCUCUGGUAUGGAAUACAGAAGCAUUGGGCAUUUGUUUGGAAUUGGGAUAUCUUCAGCCUGCACCAUUUUCCAAGAAACUGUGCAGGCCAUAGCCACCCAUCUUUCUCCUAAAUUCAUUCAGAUGCCCAGUGGGAGAAGACUACAAAAUAUUGUGGAGGGAUUUGAGGCCAAAUGGGGUGUUCCACAAUGUGCAGGGGCUAUUGAUGGAACACACGUGCCCAUUAUUGCUCCAAGCCAAAACAAGACUGAUUACUACAACAGGAAAUGUUUUUAUUCCAUUGUUAGUCAGGUGAUAUGUGAUCAUGAACUAAGAGUCUUGCAUGUGGUAUCAGGCUGGCCAGGACAAGU